AUGAAGAGUUGUGAAUACUUGAGUGGUCUGUUCCAUAUAGCAAAGCCAUAUUUGGGUGUGGUACUGUUGCAGUUUGGGAUUGCAGGGCUGGAUACCAUUGUCAAGAUUGCUAUGGAUCAGGGGAUGAGCCAUUACUCCCUUGUUGUCUACCGUCAUGCCAUUGCAGCUGCUCUCAUCUUCCCCUUUGCUAUCAUCUUAGAGAGGAAGGUGAGGCCGCGGAUGACACUAUCCAUCUUCAUCAAGAUCAUAUUUCUCGGAUUGUUAGAACCAGUACUUGACCAGAACAUAUACUUUGCUGGAAUGCAGUAUACCACAGUCACAUUCACCACAGCCAUGACCAAUAUGAUUCCUGCCUUGACCUUUGUUAUGGCUUUCCUACUUAAGAUGGAGAAAGUGAAUCUUAGAAAAUCAAGAAGCAUAGCUAAGGUGGCUGGAACUAUAGUCACACUUGGGGGAGCAAUGCUAAUGACCUUUCUUCAAGGUCCCUCCAUAGAAUUGCCAUGGACCAAAGGAGGAGCAGGAACCCAAUUAGCUAUAACAGAAGCCAGUAUCCAACAACAACCUCUUAAAGGAGCUCUUAUGAUCACAGCAGGCUGCAUCUGUGCUGCUGGAUUUAUCAUUCUCCAGGCAAUCACAUUAAAGUUAUAUCCAGCUGAGCUCUCUCUCACUGUUUGGAUAUGUUUGAUGGGCACGAUCCAGGGCGCCUUGGUUGCGCUUGCAUUUGAACACGGCAACCCUUCUGGGGGAGAAGUGGUAAAGAGGUUGUUUUACCCAAUAGUAAAGCCCCAGUUCAGCCAGAAGGCGAGUAUGGCACCAUUUGGAACAGCUGUAGAGAAAUUCUACAUGACAGAUGCAAUAACUUGGGCAUCAAAGAUAAUGGCACAGUGCACAGCACAACUGAUGAAGAAGUGA